GGUCCAUGUCCAAGGUCUAUCUCCUUCGCCUCUACCAGUCUCCCACCCACCCUGUUCUCCUCUGUUGCUUCCACUCGUUUCCCCAAUAUCCUCUCUCGUUCGUUGCAGCUUACGAUGGGGGCAGAGUUGCUGCUGGGCGGGAGCAGCCUUGCUGCUGCGUCCUCAGUUGCAUGUGGACGCUGCGUGCCAGUGCCAGUAGUAGCUGGCCAGGGCGACCGGCGGCGACCCGGAUCGAUGCAGCUAGCGGCGGCGCUCCGGCGGCGCCCUGGUUGCGCAUGGCAAUGGCCGCAUAGCAGCAUCACCAAGGAUCAGAACUCAUCACAACACCAACGCUGCGCCGCCGCCGAAUUGUGGACAGGAGAACCGGACGACGGAAAGAUGGGGUUCGAGAAGGAGAUCCUCAAAGUCGGCACAGGCCCCAAGCCCGUCAAGGGCCAGAAGGUCACCGUCCACUGCACCGGCUACGGGAAGGAUGGUGAUCUGUCCAAGAAGUUCUGGAGUACCAAGGACCCUGGGCAGCAGCCAUUUAGUUUCAACAUUGGCCUGGGUUCAGUGAUCAAAGGAUGGGAUGAGGGAGUUAUGACCAUGCAGUUGGGCGAAAUUGCUCGUAUUCGGUGCACCCCAGAUUACGCUUAUGGAUCCGGUGGCUUCCCAGCCUGGGGAAUUCAACCAAACUCGGUGCUGGUGUUCGAGAUUGAGGUUCUUAGCGCAAAGUGAUGCACUGUGUAAUUCUUGACGGAGCCAUGGAACAGUGCCGUGUCGCCGUGCCUCUUCAGUACCGAAUAAUUGUAACAUGACAUCCUGUUGACAUUGGGGUGAUGUUCUGAGUGGAUUUGAGUAAAAACAUUUUCAAAACCUUAUUAUGGUCUGUCGUCCAGAA